CAUACUUCCACGUUGCUAAGAGUGCUAUUAAUCCAGUUCGCUUGUUAGGUACCUCAAAAAAUAUUAAUUGCAAAAAACAUAUAGGAAUGCAUGGAGGGUUUUUAAAUUUUAGCCACAUGGGUGAUGGGCUUAUUGUUCACAAAGUUUUGGAGGCUUUUCAACUCUCGAGAUUAUAAAGUCAUAAUUUUGGGGUUGGAUAAUGCUGGAAAAUCUACUAUUUUGUACCAGUUCGUUCUCAAAGAAGCUGUACAGACUUCUCCCACCAUUGGAAGCAAUGUUGAGGAAGUAAAGUGGAAGAAUCUGCAUUUCGUAAUGUGGGAUAUUGGUGGACAGACUUCUGUUAGGGCUUCCUGGACCACAUACUUCGCAGGCUCAGACUUUGUCAUUUUAGUUGUUGACAGUACAGAUCGAGAACGUCUAUACCUGACUAAACAGGAGCUGUGUAAACUACUAGUUGCUGAGGAGUUGAAACGCUCGAAAAUGUUGAUUUUUGCCAAUAAACAAGAUGUCUCUGGCUGCAUGUCUGUUGCUGAAAUCAGUCACAAUCUAAACCUUACGUCUAUUAGGGACCACCCAUGGCAUGUACAGCCUUGUUGUGCACUCACAGGAGAAGGGCUUCCCCAAGGUUUAGAUUGGAUCGCUACUCAAAUUGGGCGAUGACAAUGAAGGUUUUUAUUAUUCUUAUCUUCAUUUUCGAUAUACAUUUCUGUAAUUAUGAUGUUAAUUGGUUAGCGUAGCCAAGGAAGUCAUGUUCGAGUUACGUUUAUUACCGAUGUGAGUUCGUUUGCAGUUGUCGAUAUUUUUUAUAGAAGUUAGUAUUAGAAAUAUUGUUACUUUGAUCUUCCUACGUUUUUCUGUCAAAUCCGAUGAUUCCUAAACUAUAUCUAUCCUAUUUUCUGUAAAUUGUUUGUCUCAUAAUAUUUCCUGUAGUAACAUUAUGUCGCUUGUACAGAAUUUAGUAUGUUUAUUUAUUUCCACUUAACUUGAUGCUGUAACAUUUAGGUGAAAGAAUUUUAAAAAAUAACAACAACCAAUAGGAUUAAUAUUUUUGUUUUCCUCUUUUAUGCUGAAGUUUUUGCCUAGUGAAUGUAAAAGUAUUACAAUUAUUUUUCAAAUUAAUUUAUUUCUUUGUACACUCACAUUUCGAUAAGUAUUUUUUCACUUCUGUUUUUUUGCCAUAUGCAGGCAUUCAAUAGUUUCAUGUUUAGAAACUCAAAUGUUUUAUAAGUUGCGUAUUUUUAUUAAAUAGCUAUAUGCACCGUGUAUAUGUUUAAGUUUCUGCUUUCAUGAUUUCUAAUCUUUUAGUAUCCACCUUUAUAAUGUUGAGAUCCAGUGUAAAUUAGAUGUUUUAAAAUGCAGUCGCCAAAAUAUAACUGUUGUCUGCCAUUACUCGUUACUUUGAGCGUGUACCUAAUGUUUAGAUAUGCUUUUCCUUUGUUACUAUUGCUUCUGUUUGCUAAAAUAACGAAAAUAAACAAAAGGAAUGAAGAGAGGUGGUGUGAGUUGUCUUGUUCCAUAAAACCAUAAAGUAAUGAAAAAGCACUUGACUGUAGCUGCUACUUUGAUGCGGGGGUCGGGAUUGCCUAUCGUGAUGAUUCAACCGAGCUAUGUUGGUUGGAGCACAUGUUACUUUAGGUCCUACCAUGCCAGGCAGGUUGGUUGGAGAAAGUUAAAACUAAAAGCAAGAGCUUAAAGUUUGAGAGAGAAGCCGUACUGAUGACUGUAGAGAGUUGUUACAGAAGUAAGGCGUGCCCUCGGACAACCACCUAUCUCCACUAUUUCAUUCAAGCAGUGGGGUCAAGCAGAGUUGCCCAACCUCAUCAUUCCUCUUCAUUUUCGCUAUCGAUGACGUUCUGGAAACAGCUCU